AAAGAAAUUCAAUUAUUGUUAUCGAUUAUUAUUCACUCACUUUGGCAUUUGACAACAUCGCAGCCCUAGUACUUUCUUCCGUAACCGUUGUUGCAUGAUUUUGUUGUGGAUUUUUUCUGUUUUAUUGAAUUUCAUUUAUUUUUUUAGUGUUAAAAGUCACUUUGAUCGCUUUUGAGUGUUCUGUGGCCAUACUUCAAGCUUUACACACGAUGUCGACUCCCGAAGACGAGAUCAAAGAUCUCAGGGAGAAAAACAAUGAAUUGGUGCAAAAAGUGCAAUACUGGAAGAUGACUGCAGCACAGCGAGAGAACGAGAAGCUCGAGCUGAUGAAAGAAAUAAAUGAACUGCGACUGAAGCUCAGUCGAAUCAGGAGUGGUGGAGCGGCUCAGNCGGCCCAAGCCAGAAAACUAGAUGCUGCGUUACAAUCAGCCAGCGAAGAGGCUCUUUCACAUCUGGUUCAGGCCUCCGGAGCAGUAGCGCGGACCAUAGAACUGGCUAAAACGUAUAUGAGAGAUAGACAGCAGCUAGACACAGCGUCCCCUAGAUGGAGCAAUAUUGGGGGGACGCCUAACAAUGAUAGGGUCCAUCGUGUCCCACCAAUGAUGAUUGGGGGACAGUCCAUUCAGCCUGUGGUGUCGUUAAGCCGGGCCAUUUUAAACACAAGCAAUCCAAGAACAGCAUCAAGGAGUCCUAAUUCAUCACUCAACAGAAGUGUAACGCCCAGAGCACUGCCUAUGCACAUGUUACAAGACGUUUACAUCCCUCUAACGAGAAUAGACGCCGCCUUACACGACCAGGCAGGGAACAACAUGGAAUCGGAUACAGAACAGAAUGACAUGGAGGAUAGCAGUGGAGACUUGGGCCUUGAAGACAGUCACGAAAGAUCUGUUGAUGAAUCUCAAAAUAUUACAGAAGAAGACUUUGAAGAAUCGCGGAGACUGGAUGCAGUGACUGAAGAUUUGGAACCUGAAGAUGAAAUAGAAACACCUCCAAGCAGUAGAGUGGACAAUCCGCUAGAAGGCCCCAGCUGGUUGCUUGACGCACCGAGAAAUGAUAAGCCAAGCGUGUCCCGGCCGCGCUCGAACCUGGAACCUGACUCCACCACCGAAGUUGAGGAGAACGCCAACGCGCACACUGCCUCGCCCGCGCUGUCGAAUGAUGAGGCAGAGAAGGAGAACGCGCCCGUAUGCGAGUUUUCGCCGACGCUGCGGCGCCGCAAGCGGUCCGCCUCGCCGCCGUCGCCCGCGCCGUCGCCGCUGCCGCGGGCGCAGUCUCGCGUCGUUAGGCGCCCUAGUAAUAGUGGUCGAGUGCUAAAAGUACUCGUGGCCAAAAUGCGUCUGGACGACGACAGCGCCGGCGACGAGAAUGAUGCGUCCCCACCGAAGCGAUCGCGAGAAUCGCCCACGCAAAGGCAAGAUUCACCCGUGAGGAAAUCCCGUGAAUCGCGGGAUUCCCCCAGCGAAGUACGAGACUCGCCUAAUAGAAAAUCGCGGGAAACGCGGGACUCGCCUAGCAGAAGAUCGCGGGAUUCGCCUGUCAGAAGGUCGCGGGAAUCGCGGGACUCGCCGACCAGAAGAUCGCGCGAUUCGCCCCUCAAGAAACCCGUGAGGUUCGACGCGCCCAGCCCGAAUGGAUCGACGGACGCAAGGGUUAUAGUGUCGGAAGUGGUACCCGAGCCGCAAAUGCUCGGCGGAGGUGACGCGCCACGCAGCGCGAGCGUGACGUCACGCGGCUCCCGCGACAGCCGCGCGGCGUCGUCCAGCGACAGCGACGAGCCCUCGGGACGCACGCGCCGCCCGCGCAAGCCCGUUACCUACAAGGAGAAGCCGCUCAACAGAAAAAUGAGAAGAUGAUCCGGAUGACUUUCUCUCGGCGUUUUUCAUUAUAAUACGUUUGAUGUUUUAAUCCAAACCAAUAAGUGUCCCGAUCUGGUAACGACUACGUAAGCAUAUCCGGUCUGAAACAGGAUUCAGAAUCGCUCACUUAAACCUUUCGAUGUGACAUUUUAUCCUCGUGACUGAAGUGUGCUAAGCAAAGCCUGUAGAUCAGAUACGAUAGCGAACCAUAUAUGCCAGCGUUCACACCAGUUUGGAUGUCUGGAUGUUUGUUACUCUUUCACGCAAAAACUACUGAACGGAUUUUGAUAAAACUUUACAGUA